AGAGAAUAUGGCGCCACGCCGAGAAAAUCGUGUUAAUCAUAAUGUUACUAAUAGAGCUUCAAAAAAAAAUAAAAAGAUCUGGGUGGACAUUUUCAAAUUGCCUCAAUUAUGGCCAUUAUUAACUGAUCCAAAAAAAUUUGGAAAAACCUCGAUUUUAUUUAUUAUACUGGAAAUAAUUUUGAACGUAUACAUUAUCGAAAAAGUGCCUUACACAGAAAUUGAUUGGGAAACUUAUAUGCAACAAGUGGAGGGUUUUUUAAGUGGUACAUUGGAUUAUUCGAAUCUAAAAGGUGAUACAGGGCCAUUGGUUUAUCCUGCUGGAUUUUUGUACAUCUUCUCAGCUUUAUAUUAUAUUACUGAGCGUGGAAGACAAAUUAAAACAGCUCAGUAUAUCUUUGCUUUCCUCUACAUAAUAUUAUUAGUACUGGUCUUCCGUAUUUAUUCAAAAACUAAAAAGGCUCCACCUUAUGUAUUAAUUUUGAUUUGUUUUACAUCAUAUCGAAUACAUUCUAUAUUCGUCCUAAGACUUUUUAAUGAUCCAAUAGCUAUGAUAUUAUUAUUUUUAAGUCUAAAUGCAUUUUUAGAUGACUAUUGGUAUUUAGGAAGUAUUUUUUACAGCCUUGCUGUAUCUGUUAAAAUGAAUAUUUUAUUAUUUGCACCAGCACUCUUUACUGCAUAUUUAUGCGUUCUUGGAACAAUGAAGACUGCAAUACAUUUAUUCAUUUGUGCAAUAAUUCAAAUAAUUUUAGGCUUACCAUUUUUAAUUGAAAAUCCAAUUUCAUAUAUCAAAGGAGCAUUUAAUUUGGGAAGAAUUUUUGAAUUUAAAUGGACAGUAAAUUGGCGAUUUUUACCAAAAGAAAUAUUUGUAAAUCCAUACUUUCACAUUUUAUUGUUGAUUUUACAUUUAUUAUUGUUAGCCAUCUGCGCACCAAAUUGGAUAAUUUAUUUGAAAUCCUAUGCAAAAUUAAAAUUAAUGGAAACAGAUUUAAAGCCUCAAUUUGAUGAAGAGAAAAAAAUAGAUAUGUCAACUAUGAGCCAGUUAUUUAUUCUUCCAUUAUUUUUAGCUAAUUUCAUAGGCAUGGCGUGCAGUAGAUCUUUACAUUAUCAAUUUUAUGUAUGGUACUAUUACACAUUGCCGUAUCUGGCAUGGUGUACAAGUUACAAAACUGUUACGAAACUUUCAAUAUUAGGAAUAAUAGAACUUUGUUGGAAUACUUAUCCAAGUACAGUCUUGAGUAGUUUUGCUCUACAGACUUGCCAUAUAGUUUUAUUAUAUAAUUUGGUCAAAAAGAAAUAUAGCAAUGCAAAAACUAAAUAAAAUUAUUAUCUGUGUGGAACU